AUGUUCCUCCAACGCACAGCCUUCGCCCUCGCCAGGCGCACCCCUACCCGGGCUCUCGCUGCCCGUCCCUUUUCUUCCUCCGUCACCCGCUUCAACGCCAAGAAGUAUGAGGUGAAGCAGGAGGGCAAGAUCCUUCCCUUCGAUGAGAUCAAGACCGAGGACGACCUCAUCCCCCCGGGUGCUAAGUCCGGUACCGUUCCCGUCGAUAUCGAGCACGCCACUGGUCUCGAGCGUCUCGAACUCGUCGGAAAGAUGCAGGGCAUUGACAUCUUCGACAUGCGUCCCCUCGAUGCUUCCCGCAAGGGAACCCUCGAGGACCCCAUCAUCGUCAACGGUGCUGGUGACGAGCAGUACGCUGGUUGCACUGGUUUCCCCGCCGACUCUCACCAGGUUAACUGGUUGACUGUCUCCCGUGACCGCCCCAUCGAGCGCUGCGGCGAGUGCGGUAACGUUGUCAAGCUCAACUACGUCGGCCCCUUGGAGGACCCCCACGCUCACGACCACGACCACGGUCACGGCCACCCCCCUCACGAGGAGCCCAAGACCUUCGCCGACUUCGUCAAGCCUGAGUACUGGUACCGGUAAAUACAAUGUACUACUACAAUGAAUGGAGCGAUUGUCCUUUUUCUUUUUCUUCCCCCUUCCCUACUUAGGUGCUAUUUCUUCGAUCCGGAGCAAAGAGAAACAAUGGAGUGAAGCGAGAUAUUAGAGAGAAGAGACAAUCCGACAUAUAAUCUGUAUGUGUACAUGCGCGAGGCAGGGGGUGUUCUGGCAAGACAAGUCACAAAAGAGAGAGAUAUGGGGGGCGCCGGCUUUCUGUACAAGAUUUCAUCGGGAUGAACUAUUAGUUGUGUGUUGUGUGUGUGUGUAUCGUUUGAAACCAAUAUUGUUGUAUACUUUUGACAAUUCCUAUCCCUUCUUCCUAGAUACUCUUCUUUGAUGCUCGGUAGAUCUAACAACGAGACUU